CAGUCGCAUUGACAAGCUCGAAGUGAAUAGUUAAACAAUCAGCAACAUGAAAGCUAUUAUCAUAGUUUGCUCGCUACUGGGUCUGGUGCUGUUGAGUAGUCAGUGCCGCGCUAACGAUUGCGAUGAGGUCAAGAAUCCAGACGACAGCGAUUUUAAAAACUUUUUUAAGACCUUUGGCUGCAAGGUGAAGCAGGGUGCCGGGGACGUCGCCGAAGCGGCUAGGCCCUAUGCUGAAAAGAUUGGUGAAGGUGCCAAGGAAUUUAGUAGCUCAGUUGCGCAGAAAUAUGACGAGCUAAAACAUCGCCUCACCGACGACGCCUCCACGCCAAAGUCCCCGAUCACUGGAAUCCCCGAUGCGCCAACUGAGCGUGUGCCUCUAGCGCCUAUUGCCCCAGCUUAUCCAGCAGACAUUGCGGGCAGUCCCCAACCCGUUGCUGGAUAAAUAUUGUGCAACGCAUGCCCCACAUUUACAGGACUUAUGUGUUUUUUGGCUUACUUUUUUUUUAGCAUUCUUUUUCAUUUUUAUAUUUUUGCCCAACAAAUACAUCAAAUUAAGCAAAUUUAGUGUUUCGUGCCAGUGUGAAAUGAAAUGCGUACUCUCUCACUUGCUAAUUUUAGAUUGAAAGCUAAACCAGAAAUGAACUGCUUUAAUACUAAAAACGCUUCAUUUCCGACCGAUUGUUCCUCAUUUGAUGCGGCUUUGUUGACGUAUCAGAAGUAUGGCAUAACCGUACUUACGUUCCGUUAAGUUCUCCAAAUAACAUUUGGCAACGAUCUUUAAGAAAAAUUAUAAAGCCGUUCGAAUUAUAAUUGAAGAAGUCCUAUAGAAACGUAUUCCACGCUUGCGGUAAGAAUUUUCCGAAUACUGCACAUAAGGUACAUAUGUAUGUCCAUUAGAACUUCUGGUGUCUAUCAACCAUCUUUCCACACUAACUGUAAGGAUAAUCAGUUUUAUACUGACAGAUGUAUGUAUGUACACUUGGCUUUUAAUAAAGAUGUCAAUAAAU